CUAGAAAUGGAGUGACUAAACGAAGACUGCGCUCCUUUGGGCAUAUCACCAGGAGCCAAGACUCACUGGCAAAAACAAUAAACCUAGGAAACGUGCAAGGCAGUAAGAAAAGAGGAAGACUUCGCGCCGAAAGAGCUUUUGCAAGCAGGAUUGUAAAUGACCGAGCCUUUUGGAGGGUCUUGAUUCGCAACGUUGCCCUAACUCUGGAGGGCACUCGAUAAUGAGGGCUGGCAUGUGCGUCUGUGUGCGUCCUUUAGGUGUGUGUUUGUGUGUGUGUGUGGUUGCGUGUGGGGGGUGAACGUCCGUAUGCGUGUCGAGGGCGAGAGGGAGAAAAGGGGGCGCCCUUCUAGUUCUCCUCCCCCCCCCUCACCGCCUCCGUCGGCGCACUCCAAUCCCCCGCAACCGGCGUCUUCUUAAACUGGCGGGAAGACGCAGCCAGGGACUCUUUCCUCCCACUUCGGGCGCGCUGGUUGCCCUUCAGGAGUUCGAGGUUGCCGCGCACCGAGGCUGGAGGAGGGAAAACGAGCGAGCCGGUCGUUCUGCCAGGACCCAGAAAGCGUCUCAGUCCGGGAGAGCGGGAGGGAGAGAGACUAGCCUCAGUCGGACAUUGCCGCGCCCCUUCUCGGUCGAGGCAGCGCUUCCCGCCCGCGGGGGCGCCAGCCCGGGCUGUUGCGCCGGAGACCAAGCCCCGUCGGGCACCCAGCCCCGUGGAUCCAGCCGCAGAUAAUAAUAAAAAGUUCAACAGGCGAAGCUUGUCCAUCACUGUUGUGAAGAAAGCUCCCGACUGAAUUUCCACCUGCACUUGAAGAUUGGCCAGCUUGGGCAAGGUUGGUGACUUACAGCAGGACCCUUGGGUCACUGAACCACCGUCCCUCCCUCAGGAAAAAAAGAAAAUGAAGAGCCCCCUUGUGCUGACGGUGGUGCUGCCCUUACUCGUGGCCGAGCUGUGCCAUGGCUACUGCGUUGCAUCUCAGGAGCAACAGAUGCCUAGCGGAAUCCAGACAAAGGUGAGGACAAACCAUGUUGGAGAGCAGAAGAGCUCAGAUCUUUAUAAACUGCCUCCAUCAUUGCUCCGCCGAUUGUAUGAUGGCCAAGGAAUUUCCUAUGAGGCAUUGCUCAGACUGUCGGGCAAAGAAGAAAUUGAUCCCCAGGCCCUUGCCCCUUCCCAGAAACGAGACAUGCAUGACUUCUUUGUUGGACUCAUGGGGAAAAGAACCACAGAGUCUGAGAAUCCAAUAGAAGACAACAAGGGAACACUCACCGCGUUUGGCGACCUAAAGUUCCCACCAAAUGCAGAAUAAGGUAUCAUGCAAGAGUGAGGAUGAGUACCAUUUCUGCAGGACCUCAAGAAAAUGACACAAAGCUGAUUCCAUCCACCAAAGCCCAGUGCACUUGUCAACAAGAUCCUUUCGCAGUACCAUGGAAACCUCAUCUUGUCCUUUUCCUCCUGGUGCCGUCCUCUUUUCUUUGAUUCUUUCCUAUAUCCCAGACUGUUCCACACUGUAACUCUCUAGUGGUCACUGUUUGUAAAUCUUGAGAAGUAUCCCUCUCCCAUCAUCAUGCUUUGACCUUCUGUAUACAUUUUUAACAGAUUUUGAAAAUAUCUUUACCAUGCUGCCAGUAAAAUCAUCCUUGCUGCCCAGCCUUUUGUGACACAGAUUAAGAACACCUCAAAAUCUUCUAUAA